GUGUCGCCGAACUGAAGUGCUGCACCAGACCAAUACAACAUCUAGCAAUAUCCGGUAGCUUGCGCCUGUGUAGGCUGGUGGAGUGCACGAAAAAUCCGCUUCAUAGCAGUAUCAAUAAUAAGCAGUUCGCUUGUAACUAGCCAGCCCACAAGUGAACCCCAGUCUCAUUGUGGCGCAGUGCAUCGGCUUCCCCGGCAACGCUUCGACAACCUUUGGGACAACAACGUUCCUGUUUGUUGAGUUCGAUUUUAUUCGCUUUCAUGUAAUAAUUCCUGUUAUCGUUAGUUUGUUUGUAUGUGUCUGUGCUUUUGUCUGUUUGUUGGUUUGCGGCUGCGUUCCGUCCGUUCGACUGCGGUUUGGCUGAACCGUUCAUUUAGUUGUGCUCAGCAUCGUAAGAACUGUGACCGUUAUUAUUCCCCAAGCAGCCGGUAUGGACCUUCAUCUUCAAGCAAUGUUCUCAGGGCAACCGCUGUUCGGAGGGCCAACACCGCAGUUUCAGCUCGCGCAGGCCAGCCUGGGCGGCAUCGGGCAGCAGUCGACCACAAACGCUGCCGACGGCUCCCAUGAAGCGUUCCGGGGAAGCGCUAACGCCAACGGAGGCCCGCUCGAACCACUGGCUCUCGAACAGCCAGGUGGGGCUGAGGAAAAUCAGGGCCUCCUUGGCCACGGGGAGGGUCCAGCUAGAAAGCGACGCACGGUCGAGGAUCCACGCGAGGGCAGUCGCUCACUGAGACUGAGUAUCAACGCACGUGAACGAAGAAGGAUGCAUGACCUCAAUGACGCCUUGGACGAACUACGCUCUGUGAUACCCUAUGCUCACUCGCCCUCUGUGCGAAAACUCUCGAAGAUCGCCACCCUUCUGCUAGCGAAAAACUACAUUCUUAUGCAGACAAAAGCGUUGGAUGAACUUCGCCGGAUCGUCGCCUAUCAAAGCGGACUGGGCGGGUUGCCCCUGCCUCCUGGACUGGGCACACCCGAUCUAUCUGGUCAAGACAACGAUGGCGUGGUCAGCGAUGAACACACUUCGUAAAACUGAUAUCGUUUACGAGACAAUCAACGUUUAAUCCACCGAUGCUAAAAUGGAAACGAUAAGUGAUAGACUGAAAGAAGCUGAAGGGAAAGGAGAAAGAAUGUGGGCCGCCUUUUCAUCUACCCAGAAAAAUCACAAGAAAAAGAUAACCCAACAAAAAAUUGUAUGCGGGCAGCCCGAAUCGAUAUAAGAAACAGUCAGCAGUCUUUAGCUUUACCGACUCGAGGCCUUCUUCGGGUCGGCAACCUUCUUGGGCAUAUUAUAUAUAUAUACAUAUAUAUUAUACACAUUCAUAUAGAAUUAUAUAUACAUACAGAUAUACAAUUUAAAGCAUCGCUGGAAGAAGAUAGACCUGUACUAUACACAGGCUGAGUCGAAAAGGAGCAGAGUGGAGAUACGAAAGAAAGGGUGGAAAAGAAAAGGAAGAUAGACAAGCGUGCAGACAGCAGGUUGAUUGUGCCAUCCUGGCCUAUUCCCAUUGUAGAAUCUAUCUAGGUAGGGAAAAACUCAUCAGUCCGAAAGCUUUAGCCGGUCAGUUGCGAGACGCAAGCAUUUCUGAUCUGGCGACGACGCCGACCGAAAGACCUGACAUACUUGUAUAGUUUCUUUCCGUAGGAAGUGAACGUCUUACUCCAAUUCGGGAGGGUUCCUUCGAAAAGAUGGACGAAAAGGAAAGAAAAAUUAAAGAAAGGAAGCUAGCAAGAGUACAUGAUUCACCACGAAAAAUUUCACAGUUCACACUUCGACGUUUCGGUAUGCUAACGGCCUUUUCUUCCCAGUGGUUGGUGCAAACCGAGUCGUGUGUUUGUUAUUUCUCUUCUUUGGUGUAUAACUAACAGUUCUCAUGUUACUUUGCGUCACUAACCGAAACUUUUAAGCAGUCAAACUUCUUUUUUACUCAGCCGUCAAGAAAGAAAUGAGAAGAUUUCUUUUCUCCACUUCAUGGCUCAAUGUGAUCAUGUACAUAGAGCUAUUCGGCAGUCCGAUAGAAUCCGACACAGAGCUUCUCUGCUGUUGCAGAGACGCUUAAGUCUCAUUUUGGUACUCCUCUUUGAGGUAUCACGUUCCUCUCCUGCCAUUGUGAUAUCCCGCGUCAGUACCCAAGAGCCGCCGACCUGCGGACGAUGUGCUAUCUUAAUAACGCACGAUCUGUCACGCAUUGUCACGGUUGGGUCUCAGCGGAAACUUCUUCUUGCCAGACGAGCAGGAGUUACUUGACAAUGAGGUCGCUCAGCUUUGUGCGUCCAUAUGGUUGCUUUGGUAACGAAUUGCUUUAACAGAUCUCGUCAAAGUCGGGUAAUCUGAACUCUCUUAGGUGAAUUGGACGAUGUCAGAACCGGCAGCGGAUCGAGAAGGACAGAGCUUGUCCUAUGUAUGGUUACCCCACCACACAGGAUAGACUCGUUUAAUUCCAAUAGCACAAACACAUUCGCAGCAGAGGGAUAACGAUGAUGAUUAUUUAAUAAUAAUGAUGCUGAUGCGCUGCGGUCGUAUAUGAGAAUGCAUGAACUACUUUAUGUAUAAGUAUGAAGACAAAUGAGGCAACGGCCAGAGAACAAUAAUUAUAACAAUGAAAACAAAAAAAAAAACAA